AUGGAAGAUAUUAAUAGAAUUACAAUUUAUUAAUCUUCUCAAAACUAGACAUCUUUUCAAACAAAUCAGCUUUUAAAGUAAGGAGGCUAAAGAGAUGAAUAAGAAUAAAACGAACUCAGACUUAAAAUGUAAACAAUGCAUGACAAAUUAAAGGGUUAAACUAAAAUUGGGAGAUCACUCAAUGGAGAUCAUGGAAAUGAUCCUCCUUCUUUUAAAAGUAUAGAAGAUUUUGAAUUUAUAAAUUAGCUUGGUUAAAGUGAACAUUAACCUAAAAAUAGAUUUUAGCUUGGCAAAUAAUCUAUAAAUGCUAAAGAAAUGAAUUCUAAUUCUGAUUUUGAUGAUAUUAGCAUUUAAAAGGGAAUAUUCUAGUAGAAGUAGGAAGAUGAUGAAAAAUAAUAACUAGGUCAAGAUUUAAAAUUAGCUUUUAGUGAGGAUUCGCCAUAAAAUAUGCUUUCCUAUGAUUUUAAUCGAAAUGAUCUUGUUGUUUCUCCAUAAAGCGAAAAAUUACAAUAAUCUCUUAACAAAUAUAAUGAAUCUUCUGAAGAUUCUAGUAAAUACAAGACCCAUUAAAAUAUUGAAAUGAAUAAUUUUAGUAUGUUGAGUGGAAAAAAUCUAAUGAGAUAAGAUAAUGGUAAUGAGUAAAAGAAAAAAUUUAAUUUCUAACAAGAAAUUAAUUCUCUGUUCUUUAAAAAUAUAAAAUCAAAAUCAAAAAGCAAACAAGGUGUGUUGAAUAAACUUAUUUGUUGCAUAAAACCUAAAAAAAAGUUUAAAAACUACAAAAGGAGUUUAACAUUUUUUGAAAAUCUUUAGUUAAACUAAACAUAAAAAUAGAAUAGAAUUUAAUUUAAAAUAUUUAAAUUUGCUUCAGCAAUUAAGCAAAGGCACUUAAAGAAAAGUCUAAAUGAUGUAGACACUGGUAAUUUAUAGCUAAUUAGUGAUUUAAGUUACUAUUAACAAAAUUAUAAUUAAGUAUCAUUUAAGGCUUAUAAAAAUUCUUUUCUAAGGGCUUUUAUUAUAAAAUAUCAACAGAUUAAAUCAUUAAUAAUUGAUAGUUUUAAAGAAGAAGUUAUUCCUAUCAAAAUUUUUAUGCCAACAAGCUCAGCAAUUGUUUUAUGGGAUUUGCUUUAGAUUACAAUGACAUAUUUAUUUUUGUUCCUUUACUCGAUUGAAGUGUUUUUUGCUUAAAAUGAGACAACAAACUUGUUUAUGGUUACCUUUUUUGAAAUAAUAUUAUCAAUAACUUUAAUUGAUAUUUUAAAAAAAUUUAAUACUUCAUACUUUGAGAAAGAUUAAAUUAUUUAAAUAAGGUCAAAGAUUAUAUUUAAAUAUAUUACCUCAAGUAUCUUUAUAACCGAUGUAAUAAGUCUUUCCACCAUCCUUUUUAAGUUAAAAUAUAGAAAUAAAGAAAUUUCAUAUAAUCCAAACAAUAGCCUCUAUUUGUAUCUAGAAAAUUUUUUAAUCUUUUUACUCCUUAACAGGGCUUUAAAAUAGAAAAAAUUAUUGCAAAGCAUUAUUACAUUAGAACAAAGUCAAAAGCAUUUAUUUUGGCUUUUUUCGUAAGUCUUAAAUGUAGUCACAGUUACUCACAUAGUAAGUAUAGCAUUCUACAUGUUAGGAAUCUAUGAAGAUUCAAACAACUUUUAAGUCUCUUGGUUAUAAAAAUAUGGAAUUACGAAUUUAGAAUAUUAUGAUAGAUAUAUUUAUUCUAUUUACUGGGCAGUAACAACAAUGACAACAGUUGGUUAUGGUGAUAUUACAGCAACAAACUCUUCAGAAGCAUUGUUUAUUUCUAUAGCCCUGAUUGUUUUCAGCUGUGUAUAUGCUUAUUCUAUAAAUAAUAUUGGUUUUAUCCUUUAAGAAAUAGAAAGAUCAUCAAAAAAGUUGAAUGAGAAUAUUUCUAUUAUAUAAAGAUAUUUAAAUAGAAAGAAUGUGGAUAUUUAGCUGAAAACUAGAGUAAGAUUCUAUCUCAGUUUUUUAGAAUAAGAAUCAAAAAAUAGAGAUAAGUAGGCUGAGGAUAAGAUUAUAGGUACAUUAUCUAACUAGCUUAGAGAAGAAAUCACCUAAUAGAUAAAUUCAAAAAUUCUGCAAGAUUAAAAUAUUUUUAAAAAUAAUUUUUCCCAUAAAAUUAAUAAGAGUAUCGUUUUUAUUAUGGAAGAAGUGCUAGUUACUCCAAAUGAAAUAAUAUUUCAAGAAAACGAUACGAAUGAUUAAUCAAUUUAUUUUAUCUAAAACGGAAUAGUUGAAAUAUACUCAGAUUGCUAUAGAUAAGACAAAGAAACUUCUUGUAAAGUAUAUUAGACAAUUACAUAAAACUAGUUUUUUGGUGAAAUUUCCUUCUUUUCUGGUUUAGCAAGAAGUGCUUCUGCAAGAAGUGUGAAUCUCACUACUUUAUAUAGAAUAAAAAGAGAUAGAUUUAUUGAUUUAGUAAAAACUAGUGAAUAUGAUUUUGAGAGAUUUAAAAUGAUAUAAGAAAAAAUAGCUAUCCAUGGAAAUUUAAGCUGCCUAUAUUUAAAGUGUUACUCAUGUAAAAAAAUAGGUCAUUUAGCUUCUAAUUGCCCUGUAACUCAUCCAUUUUUUGACAAGUAAUUCAUAUUCUUGAAAAAUAAUUUUUCUGAGAUUUAAGAAAGACAACCAAACUAUUUAAGAGCAGAAAAAACAAAAUAACUGAAACCCAUAAUUUAAGCUAAAAAGAAUAUCCAAAUUUGUAAAAAAUUAAAAGAUUUAUGUAGAAAUCUCAAUAGUAGAACAUAAUUUCUCUACAAUAUUACUUCUGAUGAAGAUGAAGGAUUAACUUUUGAUACUGACAGCUUACUAUCUUAGGAUGCUUAAUCUAGUAAAUUUGGGUAAGAAAUAAAAAGUUUUGCAAAAUAAACAACAGAUUUAUCUUAAAAGAUAGAAAAUAAACAAAUACAAAAACUCAUUAAAUCUAAUUAAGAUGAAAUAAGUAUAAUAGAAAAACAAAUAGGCUUAAUUAAAUAGAAUUCGGCUUUGAAUGAUUAAGUUUCUAACAAUUGUGCUAAUAAUUAUGAUUUAUAAUAAAUUAAUAAUAACUUUAACAUAUCUCCUGAUACACAGUAUUUUUCUAAGGUUGAAUAAAUAGUUUCUGUUUUAAAAAAGCAAAAUUAGCUGUAUAAUAGUCUAGCUAAUGAAAAUGCUAAGGAGAAUAACUAAAAAUAAGGUUAAUUUAUUAAAUCAAGAAGUGAUUUUAAAAAUUAUUUGAAUUCAAAAUAAGUCAAUUUUAAUAAAUAAAAUACUUAAAAUUCAAAUUAAGAUCCAAAAAAUUAAAUUUUCUUUUAGAAGAAAAUAUCGAAAGAGUUACUAGAUGAUUAGGAUGUUUUUUUUCUAUCUCCAUAAAUCAUAAAGGUUUAAUCCAAUAUAUAAUAAAAUAAUAAAAAAGAAUAACCUUCUUUGUCUGCAACAAGCUUCAAAAUAUUUGAGUAGCAAAUAUAAUAGCAAGAAAAAGGAGAAGAAAACCCAUCUAAAAAUUAAUUAAACAGAAUUAAAUCAAGCGAAUACAAGGGUAAUAGAUCUUUAACUAAAUUAAGCUCAAGUAAGUAAACAAAUUUGUAAUUUAAAAAUUAGACAAAUUAGUUAACGUAAGAAUUUGCUUCCGAAAAAAUGAGAAACAGUUAAAAAACCAGUAAUAACUUGAUUAGAUCUCAUGACUAUUCUUAAUAUUCAAAGUUUUAUUCUUAAUAAGAUUUUUUUGAGUAGAUUUAAAUGUAUGAUUUUGAGAGAGUAAAAAUAUACAAAAAAUUUUUUCCUCAUAAUAAUAUUGAUAGAGUAAUAACAACUUUGAAAAAAAUUUAGACUUAAUAAAAAAAAGAAAGAUUUAAAAAAAACUUAGAAAGAAGAAGAUAAAUUAUAUUUGCUUUAGACCAUAUUUAAAACAGGUUAAUUUGUGAAACGCCUUCUAAAAACAAUGUACGCUAAAAAAAAAAGGAGCUUACUUCGUUAUCAUAUGGAGUUACUUUAAAGUAAAAAGAAUAGCUAAAAUAAGUAGUCUGA